UCCCGGAACCAACAAUCAUCCGCUAAUGUGUGCCGCCAGGAAGAAUAUAUCGGCGCACCAAAGAACGUAUAGGGUUAACAUUUCACAAAGAACAGACUUGUUUGCAUGAUUGUGUUGAAAAGUAAUCUCGAAAAUGAGCGAGGAGGGCGGUAAGAGCCAGGGCAUGAAGGUCAUGGGUAUCAAUGAUAUCCAGAAUACGCCUUGUGCUCGAGAAUCUAUUCUUCAUGGUGCAGGUGGUUCACUGGUGGCAGGAUUAGUGCACUUUUUGGCAACAAGUAGAGUAAAGAGGUCGUUUGAUGUGGGUGUCGCAGGAUUCAUGCUUACAACACUGGGCUCAUGGUUUUACUGCAGAUAUAAUAAUGCCAAGCUGCGUGUUCAGCAGAGAAUGAUUCAGGAUGGCAUAAAAAAUAAAGUCAUUUAUGAAGGCACAAAUUUAGACCCCACACAGAAGAAGAGCGGGGAUCAGUAAAAGUUGCUUGUCUGAGACCAUAUUAAUGCCUUUAAUGAGAAUGAUGAUUUAUUUAUUGUAUAAUUAAAUGUAUUGAAUGUUUGUAAUAAAAUUGAUUUUUUUUUUUAAAUAAAGCAGAUGCAUUUUAAAUGUGAUCUUGUGAAUAUGCUGUAGGAGGAAUGCACAGCAGUACUUGCUGACAUUGAAAAGUAUUAUUUCCUGAGCUCUAAUCUUACAGGGGUUUUUUUUUUCCAGCUGCUUACAUAAAAAAAACUUUACUUGUCACACAAUUUGUGAAA